UUUCAGCAGAAGCUCCUGAAUUGGACUGAAAAUACAUAAGAAGAGGCGACAAUGACUUUCACACAGGAGCAAGUUGAUACUUUCAACAGGGAGGGAUGUCUGUGCAUCAAGAACUUCUUGUCGGAGGAACAGGUUUGCGAGCUCAUGAGGCAUACGCAUGAGCUCAUCGAGGACUUUGACAUCAAGAGCCACCCGCUGACCAAGUUCACCACGGGAUCGAAAGUUGGUGAGUCACACGUUGGGGAUAAUUACUUUCUGGAGAGCUCUGACAAGGUGUCCUUCUUCCUGGAGCCCGGAGCGUUUGAUGAGAAGAAUCAGCUCAUCAAGCCAAAGACCCUGGCCAUAAACAAGAUUGGGCACGGGUUGCACAUGAAGGAUAAGCUCUUCCACGACGUCACAAUCACCCCUGAGAACGUCGAGAUUGUUCAAAAGCUGGGGUUUAAGGACCCCCGUGUGCUCCAAAGUAUGAUUAUCUGCAAACAGCCUCAGAUUGGUGGUGAGGUUCCAUCGCAUCAAGAUGGUGUGUUUCUAUAUACAAACCCGCAAACCGCCGUUGGGUUUUGGUUUGCACUGGAGGACUGCACCAUUGAGAAUGGGUGUUUGAGCUACUUGCCUGGAAGCCAUAAGACCACACCGAUAGUGAAGAGAUUUGUUAGAAAGACCCUGGACAAUGGCACCGUCACUACUGAGUUCAUCUCUGUCGAUGAAGACAAGGAAGAGACGUACGAAAACACGGAAGAAGGCUACAAGCUGGUUGAGUGUCCAAAGGGUUCCCUUGUGCUUAUCCACAACUCCGUGUUGCAUAGAAGUAACUUGAACUUGAGCAAUAGCUCGAGAUACGCGUAUGCAUUCCAUGUCAUUGACGGAGUUGCAGAGUACGACUCGAAGAACUGGCUCCAGGUGCCUCCAUCUGGUGGUGCAAACUUUACAAAGCUUGAAAUGUGAAUAUGAUAAUAAGAAUAUAAUAAUAAUGCUAA